AUGACUCUCUCGCACCCCCAGAUCAGAGACGGCUGGUUCUACGAGGCCAACUCGCAGUGGCCCGGCCAGGCCAUGUCGCUGCAGGUGCAGCGCAUCCUGCACACCGAGCAGAGCGCCUUCCAGGACGUGCUCGUCUUCCAGUCCACGGACUACGGAAACGUGCUCGUGCUUGACGGCGUGAUCCAGUGCACGGAGCGCGACGAGUUCUCGUACCAGGAGAUGAUUGCGCACCUGCCGCUCGCCUCGCACCCCGACCCGCGCCGCGUGCUCGUCAUCGGCGGCGGCGACGGCGGCGUGCUGCGCGAGGUCGUCAAGCACCCCAGCGUCGAGGAGGCCGUGCUCUGCGACAUUGACGAGGCCGUGCCGCGUGUCUCGAAGCUGUACCUGCCCAAGAUGGCCGUCGGCCUCGAGCACCCCAAGGUCAAGGUCAUCAUCGGCGACGGCUUCGAGUACCUGCAGCGCCCCGAGAACCUCGCCUCGUUCGACGUCAUCAUCACCGACUCGUCGGACCCGGUCGGCCCUGCCGCCUCGCUCUUCCAGCCGCCGUUCUUCAAGCUGCUCAAGGGCGCGCUCAAGCCCGGCGGCCACGUGUCGACGCAGGCCGAGUGCCUCUGGCUGCACCUGCCGCUCAUCCGCGAGCUGCGCAAGAGCACCAAGGAGCUCUUCCCCGUCGCCGAGUACGCCUUCACCACAAUCCCCACGUACCCCGCCGGCCAGAUCGGCGUCAUCGUCUGCUCGCUCGAGCCGACGCGCGACGUCAAGACGCCCGUGCGCCGCGUCGAGGGCUGCCGCUACUACAACGACAAGGUGCACUCGGCCGCCUUCGUCACGCCCGAGUUCGCUCGCCGCGUCAUCGAGGACGGCGAGCACGCGCCGCCGCCGACGGUGGCCAGCGGCGACGGCAAGUCGCCGGUCGAGCGCCAGAAGAAGAAGAUCCUGCUGCUGGGCUCGGGCUACGUCGCCCGCCCCUUUGCCGAGUACAUUCUGCGCUACGCCGAGUACGAGCUGACUGUCGCGUCGGCCCACCUCGAGAACGCGCAGCGCCUGUCGGUCGCGCUCCCGCGCACGACCGCUGUCUCGCUCGACGUCAACGACAACGCCGCGCUCGGCGCCGCCAUCGGCGCGCACGACGUCGUCAUCUCGCUCAUCCCCUACACCUACCACGCCGCCGUCAUCCGCGCCGCCUGCGAGCACAAGACCGACGUCGUCACGACGUCGUACGUCUCGGACGCGAUCCGCGAGCUGGCGCCCGAGAUUGAGCGUGCCGGCAUCACGGUGAUGAACGAGAUCGGCCUGGACCCCGGAAUCGACCACCUGUACGCCGUCAAGGCCAUCGCCGACGUGCACGCCGAGGGCGGCAAGAUCAAGUCGUUCCUCUCGUACUGCGGCGGCCUGCCGGCGCCCGAGGCGGCCGACAACCCGCUCGGCUACAAGUUCUCGUGGUCGUCGCGCGGCGUGCUGCUCGCGCUGCGCAACACGGCCAAGUUCUACGCCGACGGCGAGGAGAAGAGCGUGUCGGGCAUCGACCUGAUGGCCGCGGCGCAGAGCUACUACAUCUCGCCCGCCUUUGCCUUUGUCGCGUACCCGAACCGCGACAGCACGCCGUUCCGCGAGUACUACGGCAUCCCCGAGGCCGAGACGUGCAUCCGCGGCACGCUGCGCUACCAGGGCUUCCCCGAGUUUGUGCUGGCGCUCGUGCGCAUCGGCUUCCUCGACGACUCGGACUCGGCCAAGGAGUGGCUCGUGGCGGGCAAGGACUUCUCGUGGCCGCAGGUGACGGCGCGCAUGCUCGGCACGUCGGACGCGUCGCCGGCGACGCUGCAGAAGGCCAUCGAGGCCAAGUGCGCGUUCAAGAACGACGCCGAGCGCACGACGGUGCUGCGUGGCCUGCGCUGGCUCGGCCUCUUCUCCGAGAGCGAGAAGGCGACGGUGCGCGGCACGCCGGCACAGAACAAGGCCGGCUUCGGCAACCUGCUCGACACGCUCUGCGCGUCGCUCGAGGACAAGUGCCGCUACGAGGCGGGCGAGCGCGACAUGGUCAUGCUGCAGCACCGCUUCGAGAUCGAGACCAAGGACGGCGAGGCCAAGACGCUCACCUCCACGCUCCUCGACUACGGCCACCCGGGCGGCCACACGUCCAUGGCGCGCCUCGUCGGCGUGCCGUGCGCCAUUGCCACGAAGCUGCUGCUCGAGGACCACCCGGCCAUCAAGCAGAAAGGCAAGAUCGUCGCGCCCUACACCGUCGAGGUGUGCGACCCGAUCCGCCUCGAGCUCGAGAAGGAGGGCAUUGCCCUGACCGAGCGCUACGUGUAGUGAGGCAGACCAAAGCGGAGCACGUGCAAUAUCUAUAGACGUGCGCUGCAGUGAUGAGCGUGGAGUCGUGUGCUGAGAGGAGGCCUGGAAUACAGUGUGGGGUGACAGGAGAGCCAGUCCGCCAGGCGAUCAGGCUGUGGUGCCGUCCGCAUGACGAUCAGCUGCUGGCGCGCCGCGCCGGCCAUGUGUCCGCCAAGGCCAAGAUUGGCACACAAAGCGGUCUCGGCGCCAGAAGAGUGGCUGGGUCUACGCAGCCACCUCACCUCACCUCUCCGCCUCUUCGACUCUGGACUGCUCGCACUCGCCUGCUGUGCGUGCUCAAUCGCAUACCCCUGCUCAUCCCAUGCAGAGCUGCUCGCCCAUCACGAAUGUGCAAGCGUCAUGAAGAGUGGUGGCAU